UUACUUUUAGCCUGAGCAACAAGACACUGGAGGACAACACUGCAACAUUACAGCCUUAAACUUGCUUCAACCAGUGGCUGGUAACUGAGUCAUCCCCAUGGCUCUCAAAACUGGGUUCUUAUUGUUCCUAUUGGGCCUUGCUUUGUUUGUUUGCGGUGGAACGGCUUUCUGCAAUGUCACCUGCUGGACUAACUACAAAAACAUGGUGAACUGCUCCUGCUCUGCUUCUUUACCUGUCCUUAUUGAAGUCAGCUGCAGUGAUGGUUUUGAAUCUGAGGCCAGCAGCAGCUGUGAAGUUAGACCGCCUCAGUCCUGGUGCGCCAUGUAUCCUGAAGAUUUUGAUGAGGUUACCUAUGUUGGAACGACAUGUAACACAACCGCCACCCUACAAGAUGGUGGCAUUUCAAUGAACAGCACCGAGUCAUCUAUCUGGGAACUGAGUCAUGUUGUAAAAGCAGAGCCUCCUAUUGAUGUCCACGUGACUAACAGUGAUGGAUUCUACAACAUCACCUGGGACCAUGCCAACAUAAAAGCCCGCCUCACAUACAGAGUUCGUGUUAGAGAGAGUGAAGACACGUCAAAGGUUCUGGCUCUUUCAGAUUCAGUGAAAGGAAAGUACAUUCUCAUAGAGCACGGGAAGCUGCAGCCAGCUGUCAACUACACUGUAGAUGUUGGGGCCAAAAUAGGCACUGAGAAUCAUUACUGGGGUCCAUGGAGCGAGUGGAGCUCCUCUGCUGAAUGGAGGACUGCAGGGUGUCAAACAGGGAUUGAAGAAAUGAAUAGAAACUGGCUGUAUGCCCUCCUGUCCAUCAUUCUUGUCCUUGGAGCCGUGGUAUAUUCACAGAAAACAUAUCUGCAGAAGAAAUUCCACCUGAUAACAUAUGUCCCCACACCAGACGAGUUUUUCAGUCCUCUUUAUCACAACUAUGGAGGGAACUUUAAGGAAUGGGUGAAACCUGUCUUCAGUGAGUGUGAUUACAUAAAAAUCAACGCUCAUGCUCAGGAGAAAAGUGAGAAGCAGCCUGAUGUCCUUCAGUGGAAGAACGAGAAACAAGGCAACAAUGAGGACAGUGAGGCAACUCAAGCUGCAGUCUCCCUCCACAUGCUGCUGCCUCACAGCAAGUCACUGCCGUCCCAGGACAGUGGCAUCUCAGAGGGACCCGAUGACUCCAGUGGACACAUCUCCAUCCACACUGUAAUGCUGUCCGGAGAGGACGAGUUUGAGGAGGAAGUUGGGCGCUCUGUCGGCAUGCUCAGAGGAUACCAAGAUGGAGGAAGCUUUGGUUCAUUUGGAGACAACAACGGAGAACACGCCGGCUACAAUUUUGGAGAAGCACAGCCGUUAAGGCUGGAUAGGAUAAGUGGGAUGUUACCACAGCAUGAAAUCCAAAUAUUCAAUGAGGUAUCAGAAAGAAAUGACAACUUUGAUCAGCAUAAUGACAUUAAUGAACCAGAGAGGGUAUCACUUAACUCAUUUGGUUCACAUGGGCUAUCAGAGGAUGGCUACCCUCACGUUGAUCUGGACACUAUUGACAGUGGGUUUGGAGAGUGCAGCAGCCCUGGGGCCUCAGACUCAAACAUGAGGGAGCAGAUGGAUUUAUUUCAGGAGCACAAAAGCUCAAAUUCGAACUAUGUGAAACAGUGGAUGAUUUGCAGUACAAUUCAGGAAGAUUCAAGCAAUCCAGAAAUUGAACCUAAUGAAACACAGUGAAUAAUGUGGCUGAUGAACUGAAGAAAUCAGAAGUGAUUUGGGAUGAAUAUUUAAAAACAGACAUUAUUUUUAACAUUCUAAAUGUUUGAAAGAAAGUUGGAUGUAUCUGUCAUUCCUUUUCCUGUAAAUAAUGUAAUAUUUCAAGAAUGCUUAGGUUUACACUUUUCUUUAUAUUUAUGUUUAUAGUAAGAUUUGUUUUCUUUGUUCAGAUUGGACUAUGCACACCAAAUCAUGUUUUAAUGCUGUCACUGUGUUCUUACUACACCAGAGGCAAGCAAGCUUCAAUGACAAAAUAAACUUGAUUACAUUGAUUCCUUUUAUACUGUCAUUACAGCAUACAGGCAAUGCAGCGUGAAGCUGCACAUUUUUCUCCCAUUAUUCCUCAAGAUGGUUGAGGAAGAAGGAAAGAGGGAGAUG